ACCCUGCCGGAACUAGGUCGGAGCCAACUGGGGCGCUGCGCACUCUUUGGCUGAGAGCGGCGGCAGGGGCGGGCCCAGGCGUGCGAUUGGCUGUUGGAGCAGGGUGUCGGGCAGCUCUAGCGGCUGGCGGCCGCUGACGGUCAUGGAGGGUCCCUCGGUGCUGACCCGGAGUGCUGCACGGCAGCGGAGCCCCGCGGCCCCGGAGAAGCAGGCGCAGGACCAGCCGGAGCAGAGGCCGGGGAGGAGGCAGCCGGGCAGGAGGGUCAAAGAGGACCAAGAAGAGGAAGCUGCCUUUAGAGAUGUGGUCAGUUUCACUCCGGCUCCUUUACCAGCUAGAUAUUAUGACCAGGAUACCACCAGACCCAUCAGCUUCUACUUAUCGUCACUGGAGGAGCUCCUGGCCUGGACCCCCGGCAUGGAAGACGGCUUCAAUGUAGCCAUGGAGCCCCUAGAGGGUCGCCAGCCCCCGCUGAGCAGCCCCAGGCCCCGGACCCUGCUGUGCCAUGACAUGAUGGGCGGGUACCUGGAGGACAGGUUCAUUCAGGGAUCAGAGGCUCAGCAUCCCUACUCCUUUUACCACUGGCAAUACAUUGACAUCUUUGUGUACUUCAGCCAUCACACGGUCACCAUCCCCCCAGUGUGCUGGACCAACGCCGCACACAGGCAUGGGGUCUGCGUGCUGGGGACCUUUAUCACAGAGUGGCAAGAGGGAGGCAGGCUCUGUGAAGCCUUCUUGGCUGGGGAUGAGCGCUCCUACCAGGCAGUGGCUGAUCGGCUGGUCCAGAUUGCUCAGUUUUUUCGCUUUGAUGGCUGGCUUAUCAACAUUGAGAACUCUUUGAGUCCAGCUGCUGUGGGGAACACACCUUUAUUUCUCCAGUACCUGACCACACAGCUCCACCGGCAGGUCCCAGGAGGUCUGGUGAUCUGGUAUGACAGCGUGGUGCAGAGCGGGCAGCUCAAGUGGCAGGACGAACUGAAUGAACAGAACAGGGUCUUCUUCGACUCCUGCGAUGGCUUCUUUACCAACUAUAACUGGCGGGAGGAGCACCUGCAGCGGAUGGUGGCGCAGGCCGGGGGCCGCCUGAUGGACGUGUAUGUUGGUGUGGAUGUGUUUGCUCGGAGCAAUGUGGUCGGAGGCCGUUUCGAUACUGACAAGUCGCUGGAGCUGAUCCGUAAACAUGGCUUCUCAGUGGCGCUGUUUGCUCCUGGCUGGGUGUAUGAGUGUUUGGAGAAGAGCAACUUCUUUCAGAACCAGGACAAGUUCUGGAGACUCCUGGAGCGCUUCCUGACCACACACAGUAUCUGCUCCCUGCCUUUUGUCACCUCUUUCUGCCUGGGCCUGGGUACUCGAAGAGUCUGCUAUGGCAAGGAGCAGGCAGUGGGGCCCUGGUACCACCCUAGUGCCCAGGAGACCCAACCCCUCUUCGGUGAACAUAAACUGGCUGAAGACAGUCGGGGAUGGGUGAAGACACACUGCUGCCUGGAUGACGCGUGGCACGGAGGCAGCUCUCUGCUGCUUCAGGGCCUGAUCCCAGCUGAGGUUGACAGUGUAGCUGUGAGGUUGUUCUCCCUGCAGGUCCCAGUGCCACCCAAGGUUUUCCUGUCCAUGGUGUACAAGUUUGAAGGCUCCACGGAUGUCCAGGUGGCUUUGGAGCUCACAACAGGGGAUGCCAGCAGCUGCCAUGUGGGUGGCAUGCUAGUGUUGAAUGCAGAAACUGGCUCAAGGCACAGCCCCAGACCCCUCCGGGUACCCCCCACCAAGCUGGCCAGAUGGGCGGGCAGUUGUGGCCAGCAGCUCAGCGGCGGCUGGAUCCAGCGCUGCUAUGAGGUGAACCUGCGCGGGUGCCUACUUCAGGACCUCUUGGUGAGCUUCUCACGGCCGCCAGGCAGCCGAGAGGAGGAGAGCUUCACUUGUCGUCUGGGAGAGAUCCAGGUGGUUGAUGCCAACAGCCUUCUGGCUCCUUUGCCCCGGGUGCAGAAUGUCACCAUUUCGCAGCUACGCUGGCUUCCCCUGAUCUCUGGGUCGGAGGGCCUCCCUCCCCGGCUCCUUCUCAGCUGCACUCUACAUUGGUCCUACCUCCUACUCCAAGCCCGGUACUUCCGGAUUCACUGCCGAGAAGGGACGGGAAGCAGCCCGGCCACGGAGGAGAAGCCCACGUUCCUGGGCCUGGCUUUUGCCAACCAGUACCGUGUGGUGGACUUGGCAGUAGGAGCUGCUAGCCUCGGGCAGGAUGGUCGUGUGGAGUUCCUGGUGGAGCCUGUCCCCAGGGAGGGGUUCCUGGUGCCUCAGGCUGAAUGGGGCAGGGCGGUCCUGCUCUACUCGGCCCCUCAGUGAGUCCACCCCAGAGCCUUAAAACUUGAGGUUUUUUCCUGGCCAG